AUGGGCCGUCGGCUCAUCCGUGGUCUCUCUGGAGCCACAGUCUUCCUUGUCAGUGUGGCUCUCCUCUCUGUGCGGCACCGUGGGACUCGGGAAACAACUCAGUACCCAGGACUCAGGGAGGAGAUGUUGGAAAAGCCGGAGCAAUGGAGCAAAGUGGACCCAGAGGAUGCCACGGGAGGUGGUGGCACGAGGCAGAAGGAACUGCAAGUCUACUCUCUGGAGGGAUACAGGACAAAGGGAAGCCUGACCCUUGGGGACAUUUUCAUAGCUGUGAAGACAACCAAGAGAUUUCACCAGAGCAGGAUGGAGCUGCUUUUAGACACAUGGAUAUCCCAAGCAAGAGAGCAGACCUAUGUCUUCACUGAUGAAGAAGACGAUGCCCUGAAAAGGAGAAUGGGCGACCAUGCCAUCUUCACCAACUGCUCUGCUGAGCACAGCCACCUGGCCCUCUCCUGCAAAAUGGCUGCUGAGUUCGACGCCUUCCUGGCCAGCAGCCAGAGCUGGUUUUGCCAUUUGGAUGACGACAACUACCUGAACCCUCAGGCCCUCCUGAAGCUCUUGUCCUCCUACUCGGCAAUGUGGGACGUUUACCUGGGGAAACCCAGCCUGAACCGACCCAUCUGGGCCUCUGAAACGCUGCCAAACAACCAGACGAAGUCUGUGCGCUUCUGGUUUGCCACAGGAGGGGCCAGCCGCAAGCUGGCGAGCAAGAUGGUGCCGUGGGCCAG